AUGGACGUAAUGAAUCCACAGCUUAUGUGGAUCGGUACGCGGUGUUAUCGGGUCAAUCAGUGCACAGCGACCGCUUCCGGCGAUGAACCUUCCGAAGCGUACGUAGAGGAAGAUUUGUACGAAGCAGACGAUGAGUACGAUACGUACGACAUCGAGAUGACCGAUAACGGAAAAUAUCAAACGGCGUUCCACGUGCCUGCGGCUUUUUACGCCAUGAUAAUCGGCGCCAAGGGACAAACCCGACAGCGUUUGGAGGCCGAAACGAAGGCUCAAAUACGGGUCCCGAAGCAGGGCACCACGGACGAUGACAUCGUGGUGACGGGUGUCUCACGAAAGUCGGUGGCCGCCGCCCGGUCACGGAUCGAACUCAUCGUUAUCGGGGCACGGGACAAGCAACAGUUCACGCACUUCCUCUCGGUGCCCCUGGCAACGGACGGCAUGAUGAAGCGAUUUGUGGCCUUUAAAGACAAGGUGCUCUACAAGCUGCCGGCCGCGUUCACCGUCGACGAAUCGUUGUUUCAGCAGCCGGAAAAGCUGCACCUAACGCUUACCACCAUGAGCCUGAUGGACAACGCAGAUCGGGCCAAUGCCGUUCACAUUUUGCAAGACUGCCAGGAAACGAUAUUGCGGCCGCUGUUUAAAGAAAACGGUCCCAUGGAGAUUCACGUUCGUGGGCUCGAAUACAUGAACGAUGACCCACACGCGGUCGACGUGCUGUACGCCAAGGUCGAAGGUGCCGCCCUACAGGAGGCAGCCGACCGAAUGUACGAGUACUUCGUAGCGAAAGGGCUGAUGCAACGGAAAUAUGAUCGGGUGAAGCUGCACGCCACGCUCAUCAAUUCCUUGUUCCGUGGCCACAAUAGCGAGGGCUGCGAAACGAGGGAAGCGGAACGCCGGCGCAUCUCGUUCGAUGCGAGCGAAAUAUUACGCCUAUACGGAGAUUACGACUUUGGGCGCACGGUUGUGAGCGAGAUUCAUCUUUCGCAGCGCUUUACUACAUCCUGUACCGGUUUUUAUGAGGCCUCGGCGAUCAUAAAGCUGUGA